GAUCAAACGGCCAUCUUCAGUUAAGGCCUACCUCAUAAAGCCCAGAUCCGUGACCUCACGCUGUGGCCCAAACGAAAACCCAAACCCGAGAGAUCCCAACGUGGUUUUCCUAUCACCGUCGACGCCCAACAUAUAAUCAGGCGAAUCUAAUCGCCUUCGUAUUUUUGCUUACUCUAUUCGUCUUCAUCUUGUGACCUUACUAGGUCAAUGUCACAAGCUCGUGUUUACACCGACGUCAACGUUCACCGUCCCAGAGAAUACUGGGAUUACGAGUCUCUCACCGUCCAAUGGGGCGAUCAAGAUGACUAUGAAGUCGUUCGGAAAGUUGGAAGGGGAAAAUACAGUGAGGUCUUUGAAGGUAUAAAUGUCACCAACAAUGAAAGAUGCAUCAUCAAGAUCCUUAAACCUGUCAAGAAGAAGAAGAUAAAGAGGGAGAUAAAGAUACUUCAAAAUCUCUGUGGAGGUCCAAAUGUGGUAAAACUGCUUGAUAUUGUCAGAGACCAGCACUCGAAAACUCCUAGCUUGAUUUUUGAAUAUGUGAACAGUACAGACUUCAAAGUUUUGUACCCAACAUUGACGGAUUACGACAUCCGAUACUACAUAUAUGAGCUUCUCAAGGCAUUAGACUACUGCCAUUCACAAGGCAUAAUGCACAGGGAUGUGAAGCCUCAUAAUGUUAUGAUUGACCAUGAGCUACGGAAACUUCGCUUGAUUGAUUGGGGCCUUGCUGAAUUCUACCAUCCUGGAAAAGAAUACAAUGUCCGAGUUGCUUCAAGGUACUUUAAGGGCCCUGAACUCCUUGUGGAUUUGCAAGAUUAUGACUAUUCUUUGGACAUGUGGAGCCUGGGUUGUAUGUUUGCAGGAAUGAUCUUUCGCAAGGAGCCAUUUUUUUAUGGCCAUGACAACCACGAUCAGCUUGUCAAAAUUGCCAAGGUCCUUGGCACAGACGAGUUAAAUGCGUAUCUGAACAAGUAUCAUCUAGAGCUUGAUCCUCAACUCGAUGCACUUGUUGGAAGGCACAGCAGGAAGCCAUGGUCGAGAUUUAUUAAUGCAGAUAACCAGCAUUUAGUUUCCCCCGAGUCCAUUGAUUUCCUUGAUAAGCUUCUUCGUUAUGAUCAUCAAGAUAGACUUACAGCAAAAGAAGCAAUGGCUCAUCCUUACUUCCAUCAGGUGAGGGCUGCCGAGAAUAGUAGGAUGCGGACGUAGUGAUAUGUUGUCGUGCCUGUUUGCAGAAGUGAACUCUUCAUGUUGUUAUAAAGUGUUAUAUUGUUCAUGAAUACGAGUCUACAUUGCAUACUCGCUUUGUGUAGGCAAUUGGUUCGAUUAAGAAUCCUUUUUCUAAUGCCAUUCUUCAACUUUCGCUUGUUAUCCAAAGGUUGUGAGGUCGGAUUUCAUCAUAGCGACUCUUCAAAUGGGAUCAGUUCAAAGUCUUGAUACUUUUGUUUAUCGAAGUAUUCUAUAUGGUAGUAUCCAUCAUGAA